AUGAAUUUCGGGCUGAGCCAGACCGGCGAACUCAACGACGAGACCAUGUUGAAGAUGGUCACCCCCCGGUGCGGCUUCCCCGACGGCAUCAACACCAUGAUACUCCCCAGCGGCAAACAUAAUAAGACGGAAGCAGAGACAGAGUUUCCGUCUUAUUAUGAUUUCUUCAGGGGGAGGCCGAGGUGGCCCUACACCCGCCUCUCCUACACCUACGUCAGCGGCUUCCCGGAGAUGGCCAAGCCCUUCAUGGACGCGGCCUUUGCGCAGUGGGCCAACGUCUCGGUUUUCACCUUCUACGAGAACCUGGGCUUCUUCGAGAGCGACAUCGUGAUCGGGUUUUUCAGGGGGGGGGCACGGAGAUCCGAUGGGCCGAGGGGGGUGUUGGCCCACGCUUUCGCGCCGGACGAGAAAUGGUCGUUUAAGUCGAGGGCGAUUGGCGGGAUUCACUUUGAAUAG